AAGGACUCUAAAGCGAGGCCCAGGACUGAAGGCGUUGGUGUCGAGCCCUCUGGCAGAGGGUUAUCCUGGGCCAAAUGCACGGAUUCUCACCUCGUACAGUUACGCUCUCCCGCGGCACGUCCGGGAGGACUUGAAGUCUUGAAGGCUCAAUUUGUCCGUAGGUCGAGAGAAGGACAUGGAGGUGCCGCCACCGGCACCGCGGAGCUUUCUCUGUAGAGCCUUGUGUCCAUUUCCCCGAGUCUUUGCUGCCGAAGCUGUGACUGCAGAUUCGGAAGCCCUUGCGGAGCGUCAGAAGCGGCCUCUCUACGUCCCAGAGCCCUAUUACCCGCAAUCUGGAUGGGACCGCCUCCAGGAGCUGUUUGCCAAAGAUGAACAGCAGAGAAUUUCAAAGGAACUUGCUGAUAUCUGUAAGAUGGCAGCUACAGCAGGCGUCCUCGGCUGGGUGUAUGGGGGUAUACCAGCUUUCAUUCAUGCUAAACAACGUUACAUUGAGCAGAGCCAGGCAGAAAUUUAUCAUAACCGGUUUGAUGCUGUGCAUUCUGCACAUCGUGCUGCUACACGAGGCUUCAUUCGUUAUGGCUGGCGCUGGAGUUGGAGAACUACAGCAUUUGUGACUAUAUUCAACACAGUGAGCACUAGUCUGAAUGUAUACCGAAAUAAAGAUGCCCUAAGCCAUUUUGUAAUUGCAGGAGCUGUCACGGGAAGUCUUUUUAGAAUAAACUUAGGCCUGCGUGGCCUGGUGGCUGGUGGUAUAAUUGGAGCCUUGCUGGGUACUCCUGUAGGAGGCCUGCUGAUGGCAUUUCAGAAGUACUCUGGUGAGACUAUUCAGGAGAGAAAACAGAAGAAUCGAAAGGCGCUCCAUGAGCUAAAACUGGAAGAGUGGAAAGCCAGACUACAAGUUACUGAGGACCUCCCUGAGAAAAUUGAAAGUAGUUUACAGAAAAAUGUACCUGAGAAUGAUGCUACAAAAAUUGAAGCACUGCUAAACCUUCCUAGAAACCCUUCAGUAAUAGAUAAACAAGACAAGGACUGAAAGUGCUCUGAACUUGAAACUCACUGGAGAGUUGAAGGGAGCUAUGCUGCCAUGUCCGUUGAAUGCCAACAGACAGGCCACUCUUUGGUCAGCCUGCUGACAAACGUAAGUGCUGGUACCUGUGGUGGCAGUGGCUUGCUCUUGUCUUUUUCUUUUAUUUUCUUUUUAAGAAUGGGGCUGUUGUACACUCUCUUUACUUAUCCUUAAAUUUAAAUACAUAUUUAUGUUUGUAUUAAUCUGUCAAUAUAUACAUACAUGAAUAUAUCC